GAUCAAGAAAGCCGCACUACUAGCAAAGAUGAAGUUCCAGCAUCUCUUCGCCGUGCUUGCCUUCUCCGUGACCAUCUCGUACUGCACCGGUCACAUCGGAGGCGGCCAGCUGCUGCAGCAGAACGAAGGACCCAAGAUGUACUGCGGCAGGAACCUGGCUCGGAUGCUGGCGGUGCUGUGCUUCGAUGAGGGCAGCAUGGGCAAGCGGUCGGAGUCGUCGGGAACUAUGUAUGAGGCAAUCCUGUCGCCCUACUACAAAACCCAGGAGGUAGACCCCGACUGGCCCUGGAUGUCGCAGCACAAGUCCCGCAGUCUCGGGUUCCCUUCCCGCGGCAAGCGUUUCCCCGGCGUCGUCAACGAGUGCUGUGAAAAGGCCUGCAGCAUCAACGAACUAAUGACUUACUGCUAAUUCUUCCCUACUAUUUAAUUAUUUGACUGUCCAGCUUAUUCAUAAUCCAAGCCUUUUACUAUUGUCUUGUUUAACAGUAAUUUCUUAUUUAAUCAACGCGCUCUAACCGAUCCAUCCGUAGUAGUAGCCAGCCAAAUUGUACAUACGCUUCUGUAAGUUAGAUAUUUUUACUCAAUAUGCUCGUAAUCCUAUAGGUGACUAAAACGCAUCUGAUAUACAGCAUGUUUCCAUACAGAUUGACAGCCGUAAAUUGUAGAACUAGGGCCCGGGCAACGGCUGAUAAGUUGUAUGAAAAUGUUAGAGUCACGCUGGCUGUAUGUCAGAGGCUAAGGUAGAUUAGCUUUUAAUAAAUUAUGUUGACAUCAACUAUGUCAGUCAACGCUACGAGAGCUUAUUAGUUAGAUGUUAGUCUGCAAAUUGUACUGCAUAUUUAGAAAAUUUAACAUAACUAUAUACGAAUUAUUCGAACUUAAUUAAGAAAUAUUCGAACUAGCUUUCCAUUCGGUCAAAGAUCUACUACAAAUAUAUUUUCUUUACCAUUUCAGAAGAACUUAAAUGUAGUACACGUCUUCCAUUUACAGCUUCAGCUAUCAAAUAAAAAAAUAUUGUCUAUUUAACUACCUAGUCUUUAAGAAUUUAUUACAUGUAUUAAACAACUUCAUUUCUAGUCAUGUACUCAUUAGAGUAAGAAUUUAAGAGCACAGUGGAGACAUCUAGAUGUGUCCUGUGCCAAGUAACUAAGCCUUCAAAGACAUAGCUGUGGUAAGGUAGGUAGUUAGCUUUAGGCAUAUUGAAGCUAGAACUUCUAUGUGUAUACUCAUUUUACCUCUGUCUGCAGCCCGUAGUCGUAGGAAGUAGAGAAUAGGACUUUAGGAAACGGGUAGUUGUAGAUCGCAAAUCUCAGCUCAAUUAUAGUAAGUGUACAUAAAAUUACCUGCUUUUGGCCUUAUCUGUCGUCUUCAAUGCUAAAGGAAUUGUAAUUAAGAAUAAAUAAAUUGGUGUUGCAAUUAUAA